AUGCGUUACAUUGCUGCCUACCUUCUCCUCCAAAUCGGCGGCAACGCGUCGCCCUCCGCUGCUGACAUCAAGUCUCUUCUUGCUACUGUCAACAUCGACGCUGACGAGGAUCGUCUCAACAAGCUCGUUUCCGAGCUCAAGGACAAGUCCAUUGACGAGCUGAUCGCUGAGGGCUCUGGUAAACUUGCAUCUGUUCCCUCUGGUGGAGGAGGUGGUGUUGCCUCGUCCGGCGGUGCUUCUGGUGGUGCGCCCGCUGCUGCAGCUGCUGAAGAGAAGAAAGAAGAAAAGGAGGAAGAAAAGGAGGAGUCUGACGACGACAUGGGCUUUGGUCUGUUCGAUUAA